AUGGCUGCUGGCGCUAGCAGUGGAUUAAGCAAGGGCAGGAAAAUGGUGGCGUUUUUCGCUUCAGAAAUCCGGAGCAUUUGCACUUGCCUAAUCCCGAAGCGCACACUCGUUCAGAGUCCGUUCUGGCAGCGCCAACGUUUCGUCGCCGGCCACCACCGAAAAGAACAAAUCUUCGAUUCAUCGCCAGUCUACGUUCCAAAGUGUCCCAGCGAAAAGAUCGAACUUGUGGCCAGCGGCGUGGCGUAA